AUGGAAGACAGAACCGAACCUUAUCUUUACAUAACUGCUACUGGUGAUUGGCAACACAAAAUUUUGAAAAAUCGAAUUCAGGAACCAGGAACAUCUCCGCCGGAUUCGCAGAAGCCAGGAACAUCAUCGUCAGAUUCUCAAAAGCCAGGAACAGCAUCAUCUGAUUCGCAGAAGAGCAAUGAUGCAAUGGAAAACAAAGGCAUUGCUUUAAACGAUGAAGAUGAAUUCUUGGCAAAGCUAAACGAAGUACGAAGGCGAUCACUAGUGAAUAUGAAAGACGUGAGAGAAAAUCAACGUGUAAGACAACCAAGUGAAAUUACUGAAGAAUCCGAAGAGGACCCCAACAAUAACAGCACUUCGAGUAAGAAGCUUCUUUCUCGGUCAUCCACAUCGGAGUCAGGGCACACAUUUCGUGUAACUUCGGAACCGGAAGUCUCAUUGCCCCCAAUCAACGUUCCAACACCUGUGCCAAGAAUGUCUUUGAUAGAGGCGACUCCUACAGGAAGCCCAGCACGUAAAACCGCUGAAGAACCAAACGACAGUGCCCCUUUCACCACCGGUACAAGCCAACAUGAUGCAUGGUUGAGGAAAAAAAUCGAAGAAGCGCGGAAAAAGAAGCAAAGAGAAAGGGAGGCAGCAAAGAAAAAGGAAGAGGAAGAAAAAGAAAGGAGAGAGCAAGCAAAGAAGUUGUUCGAGCGUUGGAAAAGUGAAAGAGACGAGAAACUCCGGGAAGAGAGGCGACGGCAGCGGGCGAAAGAGAAAGAAAAGCGCCAAGCGGAAGAAGAACGAAAGAAAGAAAAGAAACUUGAAGCGGAAAAGACGUUCCAAGCAUGGAAACGGUCGCAUUCAGCUACUCGACGAACUGGUCUUUCAGAUGCCGAAAAAGAGAAACAACGGCAGAAAGAAGAAGCUCGAAAAGAGGCUGAGAAAGCUUUCGAAACCUGGAAACGUAAUAAGGAUGCGGCCGAACAAGCUGAACGUCGUAAAGCGGCCGAGAGGGAAUUGGCAGAAAAGAAACGUCUUGAAGAAGAACGAGAAUAUCGUGAGCUGCUCGCACGGCAAACCUACGAAACCUGGCUGGAAAUCAAGGAAAACGAACGGAUGAUGGCGCAGAGCUUAGCUUCCUUGGGUUUUGAAGAGCCUGAGCCUUUACCCUGGCUCCCACCGAGCAACACUUGCCCUAGGCGAUUCACUCCAACGCUAAGAAACAGGUCCAGCAGUCCAAGUGGCCGUUCUCACCCUGCAAAAGCAAUUUCACCAGCUGAUAGAGUGAAAGCAGCUAUCACAGAAUCUGAUCAAGUUUUUAUAACGACCAUUGAAGAAGAGUAUGUCGUGAAAGCUGGCGAAUGGAUUAAGCUGGAUUGCCGCUCAGCUAAAUAUGACGAGUCGGAUACAACAACGAAAGGAUUCUUUGAAAUGCAUUCUAUUCCUUUUCAAGUGCCGGUGUUCGAACCAACCGUGAUCUAUAAGACUAUAAUAGGAGGAUUGUGUGGCGACUGCUUACGAGUCCUUUUUGGGCCGUUUCCGGAAUGUUCCGAAAGAAAUGAUAUUGCAUUUAAGAUUCGCUUGACGAAUACAAAGGAUGGGUCUUCAUUGGAAAAAGUAUUUUAUCCCGAUGAAUGGUACAGCUGUUCCUAUAUGCAUUCACCCAUCCAGUGUGAAGCAAAAGAGAAGUGUAUAGCCGUCAACUUUGGUUCAAUAGAAAAAUACGUCAAGUAUCGUCUCACACUCGGCUAUGUUCUAGUCAAUAAUAUGACAGAAAAGGAGUUAAUAGUUAGACAUGACACCUUCUUUGGAAAACCCUAUCCUCCGUCUAUUUUCACUAUAAGAUCGGACAUAGAAAAUGCUAUUGAUAUUUCAUGGGAGAGCACUUAUCGAGACUUUGAGCAUUUCAUAGUGUAUCUUACGUCUGGAGAAGAGGAGAAGCACGAAGGAGAAUUCAUCACAACGACACCAUAUUUUUUUCGUAACGGUUUACUUCCUACAAAAAACUACACUAUUUAUCUGAUUGCUUAUGCAGCUAGAGUUACAGUAACAAUUGAGCAGGUUUUGAGAUGGUACGGUGGUCCGCAGAUUCCGAUGUUACACUUCAAAAUUCCCGUGAAUUUAGAUAGGAUUUCCGAGAAGAAACCCCACUCGAAUUGA